ACUUCAUAGACACACAAGCACACGCUCCCAUACAUACAUAUAUAUAUAUAUAUAUAUGUAGGGUUUCUACUUCCAGAAUACAUCUUUUUCUUAACCAAACUCACUUUACAUCAAAACAAUCACAAGCAUCAAUUACACAAUAAUGUCAAGCUCCAUAUUGUUACUUGCCAUGUCUCUCUUCAUCUUCGCUCAUGCAACUUCUCCUAGGAGCUUUCUGAGAAGAGGCUUUUCGGUAUUGAUUGAAGAUGAACUCGAGAUUCUAGUUUCCCCCAAGAAAACGUUCACUUGCGGAUUCUAUGGAUCCGGAGGGAACGCUUACUACUUUUCCAUUUGGUUCACUGGAUCACGAGACCGUACUGUGGUCUGGAUGGCCAACCGGGACAAGCCCGUGAACGGGAAAGGCUCCAGGCUCACUUUCCGGGGGAAUGGUGUCGUGGUCUUGACGGAUGUCGAUGGGACAGUCGCCUGGGAGACCAAUACCACCUCCACCAGUGCACGCAAGGCCGAGCUCUUAGAAAGUGGGAACCUCAUCCUGAAGGACCCGUCUGGUCACGUGCUGUGGCAGAGCUUUGAUAAUCCGACCGACACACUCCUCCCUAACCAACCUUUUACUAAGAGCUUGAAGCUCAUAUCUUCCUUCGGUAGAGGUUCUUAUUAUUCGGGGUACUUCAAUUUCUACUUCGACAGCGACAAUGUGCUGAAACUGAUGCACGAUGGGCCCGUAAUAUCGAGCCUCUACUGGCCUAAUCCUGAUUCUGAUGCAUUCGGAAAUGGAAGAACGACUUAUAACAGCACUAGGAUUGCGGUUCUGGAUGACUCUGGGAUGUUCAUGUCCAGUGACCGUUUCCAGUUUAAUGCUUCCGACAGAGGGCAUGGCAUCAAGAGGAGGCUGACAAUCAAUCAUGAUGGGAAUUUACGGCUCUAUAGCUUGAAUGAGUCCAAUGGCACCUGGGCGGUUACUUGGGAGGCCCUGAAAGGAAUGUGUAAAGUUCAUGGAGUUUGUGGGAGGAAUGGGAUUUGUGUCUAUACGCCCGAGCCCAAGUGUUCGUGUCCUCCCGGUUAUCAGAUGAACGACCCCACGAAUUGGAACAGCGGUUGCAAGCCAAAGUUCAAUGUCACGUGUUCAAACUUUACUUCGGACAAAGUGAGAUUCGUGGAACUCCCACAAACUGAUUAUUAUGGGUUCGACCUGGUUUAUAACUCCAGCACCUCGUAUGAGUGGUGCCAGGAAGCCUGCCUUACAGAUUGCAAUUGCCUGGGUUUUGCCUACAGGACUAAUGGGCUGGGGCCAUGCUUCACAAAGAGCUCCCUCUUCAAUGGGUAUAAGACGCCGGACUUCCCCGGAAAUCUGUACCUGAAACUCCCAGUCUCGCUCCAAGUUUCCUCUGUGACUCCGAUAUUGAACGGGUCACUCCCCAUCUGCCCACUCGGUGAAAACACAGUCCUGGUGGGCUCAUCCUCCAUGUAUGAUGGUAUAGGGAAGAGGAUCAGAUGGGCCUAUCUCUAUUGGUUUGCGUCUGUCAUUGGGGCAGUGGAGAUCCUCUUCUUCAUGUCGGGCUGGUGGAUACUCUUCCGGAAACAGGGGGGCCCGGACCCAUUGGAAGAUGGGUACCAAGCCCUGUCGAGCCAAUUCAAGAAGUUCAGCCAUGGAGAGCUCAAGAUCGCAACGAGGAACUUCAGGGAGGAGAUUGGGAGAGGUGGCUCUGGGACAGUCUAUAAAGGCAAUUUGGGUGAUGGAAGGGAAGUGGCUGUGAAGAGACUGGGAGAUGUUCACCAUGGAGAAGAUUUCUUUUGGGCAGAGGUCAGCACAAUUGGAAAGAUCAACCACAUGAACCUGGCAAGAAUGUGGGGGUUCUGCGCUGAAGGAAGGAAUAGACUUCUAGUCUACGAGUUCGUCAAGAAUCAAUCUCUGGACAGGCACUUGUUCGGACCGAAUCUCCUGAGAUGGAAGGAUCGAUUCAGGAUUUCACUGGGGACCGCAAAGGGCCUGGCUUACCUGCACCACGAGUGCCUCGAAUGGAUCAUCCACUGCGAUGUGAAGCCUGAGAACAUACUCCUGGACCCGGAUUUCGAGCCUAAGAUAGCGGAUUUCGGGCUAGCAAAGCUCCUUCAGAGGGGCAAUGCAACCUCGGAUUUCUCUAUGAUCCGCGGCACGAAGGGGUACAUGGCACCGGAGUGGGCCCUGAACCUGCCAAUCACGGCUAAAGUCGAUGUGUUUAGCUACGGAGUGAUGGUCCUGGAGAUGGUGAGAGGGAUCAGGCUCUCAAAUUGGGCAAUCAUGGAUGUAGUUGAAGGAGAGGAAGAGGUGGAGGAAGCGCAGCUGACAAAGUUUGUCAGGGUGGUCAGGAGGAACAUCCAAUUUGAUCCGGAGGAUAACACGUGGAUCGAGAAAGUCCUAGACCCCAGGCUGAGGGGGCAGUACAGCAAAAGACAGGCAAGAGCUCUAGUGGAGGUCGGAAUAGCGUGCGUCGAGGAAGACAGGACCAAGAGACCAACCAUGGACAACAUUGUGGAUGUCCUACUCAAAUGUGACAAUGAGCCUAAUGUCCCUGCCAGGUAGAGGGGAUAAAACAACAGUUCAAUAACAAGCAAGGGUGACUGUUAAAGGCCCGGGGGACUAUGCAGGGCCACUGCGGCUAGGAGCCGGCUUGACGGAUUAUACUUCAGAUCCAAGAUCAAAAUUUUCUUUAAUCCCUCAAGAUAAGAUUCCUUCUCUAGCCCUUGCUUUGUUAUCGAGUCGAAUCGCCCAAAGGUCCCUCGGGCUUUAGGGAGCUGGUUGAUCUUCUAUGUUUACUCUUUCUUUCCCCUUUUUCCCCCAUGCAACUGUUAUGCUCGACGCUACGGAAUUUUCAUUGAGCUCGUACGGGUUUGGGCCCAUUUUUACUUAAAAACUCAAACUGAUAAGUGGUGGUUUCCAAGUUUCAUAUAAACCAAUGGAUAUUGAUAUAUCUUUUCCAUUUAUUCCUCA